AUGUGGGCUCUCCUGUUCGCCCUGGCUGCGUGCGCCCCCGCUGCCGGGACGGGUCUAGGGGCGCUCGGCGACUCGGUCCUGAACUUUUCACUGCCCACGACCACCGAAGCCUGGCUCUCGACCCCAGCCCCACAAAGCAGCCCCGUACAGCCACCCGUGGGGAAAGACAACGGGACCACAGGACAGCAGGUCCGGCUUCGGGUCGUGAAGAAGAAAAAGAUCAUCACAAGGAAGCGAAAGAAGAUAGUUCGGCCCGGCCCCACAGAGACUGCCGAUGCUGCUAGGAACCAUAAAGUUCCCAAGGAGCAAAAACCAGACUGCCCCCCUUUGGGCCUGGAGUCCCUGCGAGUUUCAGAUAGCCAAUUUGAAGCAUCCAGCAGCCAGUCCUUUGGUCUGGGACCACACCGUGGACGGCUCAACCUCCAGUCCGGCCUGGAGGACGGUGACCUGUAUGAUGGGGCCUGGUGUGCUGAGCAGCAGGACGCUGAGCCGUGGCUGCAGGUGGAUGCUGGCCGAGUCACUCGCUUCUCCGGGGUUAUCACGCAGGGCAGGAACUCCAUUUGGAGGUACGACUGGGUCAUGUCCUACAAGGUCCAGUUCAGCAAUGACAGUCGGAGCUGGUGGGGGAGCAGGAACCUCAGCAGUGGGGUGGACGCAAUCUUCACAGCCAAUUCCGACCAGGAGACCCCAGUGCUGAACCUCCUCCCUGAGCGCCAGGUGGCCCGCUACAUUCGCCUGCUGCCCCAGACUUGGCUCGAGGGAGGCGCAGCUUGCCUCCGGGCAGAGAUCCUGGCCUGCCCGGUCUCAGAUCCUAAUGGCCUGUACCCUGAGGCCUCCGCUCUGGGCUCCUCGGACCCUCUGGAUUUUCAGCAUCACGAUUAUAAGGCCAUGAGGAAGCUGAUGAAGCAGGUGAAUGAGCAGUGCCCCAAUAUCACCCGCAUCUACAACAUCGGCAAGAGCCACCAGGGCCUGAAGCUAUAUGUGAUGGAAAUGUCGGACCACCCCGGGGAACAUGAGCUGGGAGAGCCUGAGGUGCGCUACGUGGCUGGCAUGCAUGGGAACGAGGUCCUGGGGCGAGAGUUGCUUCUGCUGCUGAUGCAGUUCCUGUGCCGGGAGUUCCUGCGAGGGGACCCACGGGUGACCCGGCUGCUCACGGAGAUGCGCCUGCAUCUGCUGCCUUCCAUGAAUCCUGACGGUCAUGAAGUCGCCUACCGCAAGGGCUCGGAGCUCGUGGGCUGGGCAGAAGGCCGCUGGACCUUCCAGGGCAUCGACCUUAACCACAACUUCGCCGACCUCAACACACCGUUGUGGACCGCCGAGGACGACGGCCUGGUGCCGGACACGGUCCCCAACCAUCACCUGCCACUGCCUACGUACUACACUCUGCCCAAUGCCACGGUGGCCCCGGAGACCUGGGCGGUGAUUGAGUGGAUGCAGCGGAUCCCCUUUGUGCUGAGCGCCAACCUCCACGGCGGUGAGCUCGUGGUGUCCUACCCCUACGACAUGACGCGGACUCCGUGGGAAGCCCGGGAGCUCACGCCCACACCUGACGAGGCUGUCUUCCGCUGGCUCAGCACUGUGUACGCUGGCACGAACCAGGCCAUGCAGAAGCCGGACCGCCGCCCCUGCCACAACCAAGACUUCUCCUUGAACGGCAACGUCAUCAACGGCGCUGACUGGCACACCGUUCCUGGGAGCAUGAAUGACUUCAGCUACCUACACACCAACUGUUUUGAAGUCACCAUAGAGCUGUCGUGCGACAAGUUCCCUCAUGAGAGUGAGCUGCCCCAGGAGUGGGAGAACAACAAGGAUGCCCUGCUUACCUACCUGGAACAGGUGCGCAUGGGCAUCACGGGUGUUGUGCGGGACAAGGACACGGAGCUCGGGAUUGCUGACGCUGUCAUUGCUGUGGAUGGGAUUAACCAUGACGUAACCACGGCAUGGGGCGGUGAUUACUGGAGGCUGCUGACUCCCGGAGACUAUGUGGUGACUGCCAGUGCUGAGGGCUACCAUUCUGUGUCCCGGAACUGUCGGGUUACCUUCGAAGAGGGCCCUGUCCCCUGCAACUUCCACCUCACCAAGACACCCAAACAGAGACUGCGAGAGCUGCUGGCAGCAGGGGCUAAAGUGCCCCCCGACCUCCGGAGGCGGCUGGAGCGGCUGAGGAAACCGAGGGACUAGAGCAGAGGCUUCUUCAGCUGGGAAUCCUAAGCCUUGGGCAGGCUGGCCCUGUCCGGAACUGAAGGAAAGGGAGGGGCCGGGGAGA